UGAGAUACAGAAACAAAUAGCCAAACGGGUAAAUCACAGGGGUGGCAAAAUAUCUUUAUUCACCGAUCCAUUCAUUUCUGUGUUCUAUUAUAAGUGGUACGAUCCCAAUAACAGAUGUAUUCCCUUUCAAUUACUUUUUAACCUUCUGCCGUCAUUUUGAAAUUGUUCUUUAGUGCUUAAAUUUGCAAGGCAAUUCUUUCAGCAGGGAAUUUGAACCUUACUAAAAUUUGUACAAUACAUACAACCUUAAGAGACAUGGUACCGGUUCCAUUGAGCUACCUUCAAAACCCAUACACAAAGAGUUCAUUUAAGGCAGUCCUCCCAUUUUGGGAAGGAACUUUCAAAGUGAAAGAUGAAAAAGAUGAAGCCAUUAUAUGCUACUUCACGAAACUUAAAGAGUGUCAUAUUGAGAGUGAUUGUCAUUUUAAGUUACCUUUUGCUUUGAAAUUAUUCUAGAAUGUUAAAAUAAUUAAGGCCGGAUCUUUUUUUGCGAAUUCAACAUUUUGGGAGAUUACGUUUCAGUUGAUAUCAGUAGACAUCAGUACUAUCUAACCUGAUAUAUCAGUUCAGUUUCCAUAGAAACUUGUUGGGAAAUAGUUACUGCUGUAAGGGUUUAAAUUGCCCAUAAAAUGCAAGUGGUUCUUGCUUGAAACAUGUUUAUCUCUAUGUUUGAUCCAAGGUUACAAAAUCAACUCUCAAAUAUCCUAAAAACAAUAGUGAAGAGCUACCAGCAGAUUAAGCAAUUGUAUGAGUUCCUCGUCUUGCAUAUGCUGAAGAGGUUACUCGUUUCCUACUAAAUAAAUUGCUUGUUUUUAGAAUGUUGUAUGCAUUGUUUUUUGAUAAGAGUUCAGAUGUAUGUUGAAUAUUUAAUUCCUUGCAUAUUAUAUGGCCAUAACUCAGUCGGCCAUUAAAUUACCUCUAUAAUUCGCUCCUCCUUUUUUCGGGGGGUAACCAAAGAAAAUCAAGGUCUCCCCUUAAUCAUUAUCAGCCAUUAUGAAACUGAUUAAAGAAAUAGUAGUAUAACUUGUGUUGUUAUGGUCAGACAUGCAAUAUGAGAGUGUUUUGAUAUCCAAGGUUAAUUGUAAGUGAUUGCAAGUUACCUCUGUGAACUGCCUUUUUUAUCUCUCUUGCCUCUCGUGUCUAACAUGUUGUGAUAGAUACAUUAUGUUGCUAAAUGAUACAUUGCUAAAUAGAUACAUUGUUAAACAUGUUGUGAUAGAUAUAUUAUGUUGCUAAAUGUUUUGCAAAACACCUUACGCGUUUUCGUAGAAAGAACACGAAACUCCAGACACUCCACAAGAUGAUCCUUAAAGAGCAUUUCCCUUUCCUAACUACUUCUGACAUACCUUAUUUGAAGUCAUAACUGUCAGUGCAUUAGUUGGAAACAUUGAUCAACUACAUUUGGAGAAAGGUUGAUCAAUUAACAUUUCAAGUAAAGAACAUUUCUUGUUGUUCACAACCUGGUUAGUUUGCUAAGUAUUCUACUUACAAUUCCCUCUUUUAUUUUAGGGUGAGCGGCUAAACGUUCAAACAGGGAUACGUCCAUUACACAAGUAAUAGCCAUCCUUCGUGAUCCAGAAUAGCUACGCGAGAACCUUCGAGUGGCUCUGGGAACUAAAACUUGCCGUCAGUCCCAGCUCUCACUCAGUCACCGACUUCGCACAGGUGUGCAAGAUGGCGAUUUAAGGUCGAAAAACGAAACUAUAUACGAAGUCCUGAACUCUAUUGCUCACGUAUGAGCUCUCUUCAAAAUGCCCAGAGUGGUAAAACCACAAAUGGACAGACCGAGAAGACAGACCACGGUAAAAAAGCUACUAUUCAGAGCCAGAGAUUUAGUCGCAAAAGAAAACAGAUGAAAGACACAAGUAAAGGUGGGUCCGCUGUAACUGGCAAAAGUUUGACGGAGACGCAAAAGGAACCUAUUUCGAAAUAUGAACAAGAUGAUGCGAAAGAGGGCAGAGGAGUACAAGGCAGGUCAGGGGCUCAAAAGAGCCCAGAGGUCUCGAACAGUGGUCAGCAGGAUACGACAGAAGAAGGAGGAGCACAAGACACGAAACGCACAACGCCAAAGAGACGACGUCCAAGAACAAGACGCAAAAAAGUCAAAAGCGAAGAAAACAGCGGCGAUAUACCCGGGCUACAAAAUAGGCUGCCGGGUAGAGCGACAGAAGGAGACACUAAGAACCAUGGUGGGAUUCAAGAUCGAGAACAAAGGCACUCAACAGAUAUAGCUGGUACUGUUGACAGUCUUUCACAGUCCGCUACCGAGGGGCAGCAGAGCAAUAGGGGAAAAGAAGGAACAAAGAACCAAGAUAGUGUUAGAAAGAACAAACAACGAAGCCAGAAAGUCAAGGGAAGAACAAACACGGCUGAUUCCCCAGGGGGCAAAGAUGUUAUGAUGGCCCAAAGUAGUACGCAAGCUGAUACGAUGAUAGGAAAUAGCCGAAAGGAAGAAGAAGUUGUAAAACAAGAGAGGACUUCUCAUCAGCGGAAUAGACGUACAGUGUCAAAAAGUGCCACUGGGGAAAGCUCGAGUGAAACUAACAGUAGAAAUCAAGUUCAGAAAAAACCUCAAAGCCUGGAUGAACCAAAACAAACUAUUGGAAGUGAAACAAGCCAAACUGUCGGGAAAGAAAGUGAAGAAAAACAACAAGGAGUUCCUAAAGAAAAUAAUCAAACAAGCGAAAGACAAAGUGCAGUUCUCAAUGGUAACAACAACAAGGCACAUAGCGAGAAAAACAGGUCGGAGAAUAAGCCGACAGAAAUUCCUUCGAGCAGCGAAAAAAAAGCAAAACAAGCGAUUAACAGAUUGGAAUCUCAAAGAAAGCCUCCGUCAGUCAAAGCUAUGACAGAUUUCCUUACCAAAACUCCACAAGAAAUUGUUAAUUGGUUAAUCCGAGAUCAUUUACCCAUGUUUAAAAAGCGACUAAAAAUCAAAGAUGAAGCGAUUUCUCUCCUAUUGAAACUUCUUGCAAAAGCUUGUGACUGCAAGUCCUCCAGUAAUCUUGCACAGCUUUUCGAAAUUUUAUCAACAUCCUGGCUGCUCAACCGAAGGGUUCUUGCCGUUCUGAACCAGUUUACUUGGAAUAAAUCAAAGACUUCCCAUGCUGAGCGUUUUGGUCUGGAAACAAUCAAGGAAAUUGCUAAGUUGCAGACAGAAAUCCUUAGAAAAUACCCUACGAAAAAGUACCCAGUGCUGGAGAAGCUACAUGGGCUCGUAAAUGCUAGCAAGUUACAAGAUCAAGGCGUGAUUUCUGCUGUGCAAGAGCAACGGAAGCUGUUGAAUAAGGAGAAAGUUGCACAACGCAAAAAAGAGGCAGUACAAAAAAGAAAAAGUGCUAAAGCUGAUAUUACCGAUGACAACUUGAAGCCGCCUGAGAAUUUUCGCGUGCUGAGUGUCAUUCCAACCCGUGAGGACAUCAUUUCAAACCAAGGCCAAGACGAAAAGCUGUUCCUCAGGAAAAACAAAGUUCAAGGGCGCUACAAAGACGAGGAACACUAUUUAGACGUUCAAUUUCGGCUUCUACGUGAAGACUUCUUAAGGCCUCUUCGCAAAGGGAUCCAACACUUGAUGGGCAAAGACGUCCCUGAUGAUACCGAUGACGAUAAUGUCGGAGAUGUCAGAGUGUACAAAGAUGUGACGAUACUAUCGCCUGUGUGUACUUCAAACGGAGUCGCAUUCAAGAUUAGGUUUGAUGUCACAGGUUUCAGUCGAGUGCGAUGGGAGAACAGUAAGAGACUGAUAUUUGGAUCAUUGUUGUGUCUAUCGAAGGACGACUUUAAGAGCUUCGUUUUUGCUACUGUUGCAAAUAGAGAACUGAGCGAAGUAAGAAAGGGUGAAAUAGAGGUGCAGUUUGUCUUAUCUGGUGGUGAAGCUGGAAUACACACGGGAGAUUUAUGCCAAAUGGUUGAGUCCAUAGCUUUCUUUGAGGCAUAUCGUCCGGUGCUUGAAGGAUUGAAGACGAUACCUCCCGGAGAAUUUCCUUUUCAGACAGAUGUACAAUCACCAGCUUACCUUAGGAAACCCGGUGGCCAGCAUGUAAAGUUUGAUUUUUCUCCCCUUAUUUCAAACGAAGAAUCACCUGAUUACAAGUGGAGUCCUGCUUGUGUACCAAAGAACAAGAAUCCUGGUGGUCUUGAAGUCUCAGGAUUAAUGAUCUCAGUGUUGGACCCAGCCUCCUGGCCGACGGCAGAGGAUUUGAAGCUGGACGAUUCUCAGUUUAACGCCUUACAGCUGGCGCUGACUAAAGAGUUUGCGGUAAUUCAGGGACCGCCAGGCACCGGAAAAACCUUCAUCGGAUUGAUGAUAACAAAGAUUCUUUUGCACAACAUAAGCGCUUGGCUUGGAAGGGAAGGAGGACCUAUCCUUGUCGUCUGCUACACUAACCACGCUCUGGAUCAGUUUCUGGAAGGAAUCCACGAAUUUCAUCCGGAGGGAAUUAUCCGCGUUGGAGGAAGAAGUAACAGCGAGACCAUUCAGCAAUACAGUCUGGCAAAAAUAAAACAAACAAGGAGCGAGGAACGUCUGACACCUGCCAUAAUCAGAAAGGCUUAUGGUUGCAUUAAAGGAGAAAUGAAAAGUCUGUCAGCCAUGAUUGAAGAUCACGAAGGAAUAUUGGAAGACUUAUCGAGGACUUUGCUCCAUGAAAAUGAGCUUGUUGAUUACGGCAUGGCAAAGAAGCAUUACGAUUCCUUGACGAGGGGAUCGCGAAAUGCAGGGGCAAAGAAAAAAGAAUCAGUCAUCCCACAAUGGCUUGGGCUUCCCGUAGAGCCAGCGGACCCGUAUCAAGGGGGUUUCUCUCAACCUCUAGCAAUGUUUCCCUUUAAUGCAGAGUGUGGAGGUCUGGAGUAUUUCUCUCAAGAAGAAAUAGCUUAUAUAUCACCACGUGUCAGAUACGCCCCAGGUGUUGAUGGGAAUCCAGGAGGCUCUCUAGAACUAACUGGAUUUGCUGACUCGUUUAUCGAGAUUCCAAAUUGGUGGGGAGGGUUUUCAGACGCUGGGAGUUCCAUAACGUUGCUAACAUUUAUCUACCCUUUUGGAAUUGUCGGACCAAUUCUUAGCUAUGAUGUUCACGGUUAUGGUGUUCAACUUUGGCAUGAAGGCUUUGAGGGAGGAAUGGGUAUAUUGACAGCUUACUUCAUUCGAAGAGAUCUUCAGCCCAUCGCGCCCCUAAGAGCAGCAGUUCUGCACAUAAACGAGUGGAACUUCAUCGGUGCCUCUUACGAUCAUGACUCUGGACUUGCCCGCCUGUGGCACAAUGGAAAUGAAGUAAUGAAAGUGUUUAUUGGGGAGAAUUGUUACUUAGCGACUCAGUUCCCCAUAAGGAUCGGUGCUUUCCUGGGGUAUCACUUCGCUGGGAGAAUUUCUCAUUUACACAUAUACGCAGAGUCACUGACAGCCGAGAACGUUCAAGCAGUCGGAGGUAUUUCUUCACAAGAAACAUGCAGGUUUAGCGAAGAGGGCGAUAAAGAAGGAGGUGGAAACAACAAAGAAGGAGAAGGAGAAUUUGUCAACAGAGGGAGGUCAGCUAAUUUUCAAUUUGACGCUGAUGUCUUGCAAAAUCAAAGGAUACUAGAAACGGAUGAAGUCACCAGAUUUGACCGCGAGUCUCCCUCAUCUCAUUUGAACACAAAUGACACGUACGAUUUUCCAGUGUGUGCAAAUGAGGGUGCGUCCAGUGGCAACUGGCAAUUUCAGAAUUCCAAACGAAUUAAUCAAAAGAUCAAACGAAUUAUUCAGAGAGAGCUUCAGCGAGAAGACAUGAUGAGUAAAGAAGAAGCCUCCGAGGUAGAGGAUGUGUGGAAUUUGUCUGACAAAAACCGCUGGCGUCUGUAUCGUAGAUGGAUGUUCGAUGCACGUGAGACUUGCUCCGAGAAUAUUUCUGAUUUCCGACAAUUGUACGACGAUCAGGUACUUCGGUUAAAAGAAGUACGGAAACAAGAGGAAUGCGAGAUCCUUAAAAAAGCGGAUGUCAUUGGAAUGACCACUACAGGUGCUGCCAGGUAUCACAGUUUGUUACAAGACAUUCAACCGACGAUUACUAUCGUGGAAGAAGCAGCUGAAGUGCUCGAGGGACACAUUGUAACCUCUCUAACCAAAGGAUGUAAGCAUUUGAUUCUGAUUGGUGAUCAUCAGCAGCUCCGACCCAGUCCUACAGUCUACGAUCUCCAAAUCAAUUACCAUUUAGACGUAUCUUUGUUCGAGAGAAUGGUAAAGAACUUAAUGAUAUUCUCAAGGCUGAGUUUACAGCACCGAAUGAGACCAGAAAUCGCCAAGAUGGUGGAUCACAUUUACGUAGACCCAAAACUGGGGAAUCACGACUCUGUCUUUACAUUUAAAAAUAUAAAGGGUGUGGAAAAAAAUUUGUUCUUUGUGGAUCACUCUGAGAAAGAGAAUUUCAUUCGUGAAGGAAAAAGCAAAUCCAAUGUCCACGAGGCAAAGUUUUUGACAGCACUAUGCCGUUACUUCAUUCAACAAGGUUAUCAGUCAUCACAGAUAACUAUUCUCACAGCUUAUAGUGGACAGCUCGUUGAAUUCAGAAAAGAGAUGAUAGACGACAAAGCGUUUUUUGAAGGAGUUCGAGUUACAGCAGUGGAUAAUUUCCAAGGGGAAGAAAAUGACAUCAUUCUUCUCUCGCUCGUCCGCAGUGAAAGGAUUGGCUUUCUCAAAAUUGCAAACCGUGUUUGUGUCGCUUUAUCGCGAGCUCGAGAAGGCUUCUACAUCAUUGGAAAUGCGACUCUUUUAGCAGAAGAAGACCCUAAUCUUUGGGCAAAAAUCGUCGCAGAUAUGCGGGAAGAUGGCAAUCUAGGAAGUGAAUUGAAACUGGUUUGUCAGAACCAUCCCCAGAAUGUAAUUCACGCGUCUUGUGCGGAGGAUUUUGAAGACUCUCCCGAAGGAGGUUGCAAAGAAAUGUGUAUGAUGACGCUGGAUUGUGGACACGUUUGCGAGAGAGUGUGUCACCCAAUAGAUCUUGAGCACGUGGAGAAAUUCGCUUGCGUGAAGCCUUGUACCAGAACCAUCUGUGACCUUCAGCACAUCUGCCCAAAGACAUGCGCCGAAGAGUGUGGUGCUUGCAUGGAGAGAGUUGUGAAGAUCAUCCCGAAAUGUAAUCACAAACAGCCGGUCCCUUGCUCCAUAGAUGCUUCUACCUUUAAGUGCCGGGAGAAGGUGUCAAAAGAAACCUCUCCCUGUGGCCAUAUCAACGAGGUGGAGUGUUUUAUGGCGCCCACUGACAUCAUCUGCAAGGAGCCUUGUGGUAAAUUAGAGUGUGGACAUCCAUGUCCCGUUGCCGUCCGGAAAUUAAAAGCAGAGUAUCACUGCCUCCUUCGUCGCAUGCCAGAACGCGAAAAUCAGACCUGNGAUCGAUGUCAGGGAGGCCGUCUCCAUUUGCCGUGCCGGUCUACAUGCAGUCGAACACUGUUCUGUGGCCACGCUUGUGUGGAGAAAUGUGUAAAGUCCUGUCCGCCUUGCCCAUCACAAUGCCGUAAUCAUUGCGAUCACCAAAUCUGCGGACGGAGUUGUGGUGAUCCUUGUCGGCGAUGCCUUGAGGAGUGCUUAUGGCAGUGUCCACAUUAUAAAUGUACCAAACCUUGCGGAGAGAUUUGCGAUCGACCGAGAUGUGACAAGCCAUGCUCCAGGCUGUUACCCUGUGAUCAUAUGUGUGUUGGUGUUUGCGGUGACAUUUGCCCUGACUUAUGCCGAGUUUGUGAUGCGAUUGAGUUCAGUGAGAGUGCGCCUGGAGCAAUGUUCAUUGAACUGGUUGACUGUGGUCAUGUGAUUGAAGUUGGGCAACUGGACAAAUGGAUGGACGGAAGAAAUGAAGCCGAUGCACAGGCUGGAAAUGAUGAUGGUAAAGUCAGAUAUAAAGUUUGCCCAGAAUGCAGCACUCCAAUUCUGUACAGUCGCAGGUACGGAAAAAUCGUUAAGGAAAUUCAUGCUGAGUUUGAAGCUAUAAAGAGUCGAGUUCUUCUCGCUGAUGUAACAAGCAUUGACCAGAUACAGAGGAUUCGGCGAGAGGCUCAAGAGGUCAAAGAAGUUCCGGGGGAAUUGCUUGAAGAUAUCGCCAAAUGUGGCACCAGUGGUCGUACUACUUGUGAAGAAGUCAACACUUGUGAAAAUCAAGUGGCCUUUCUGAAAUUUCUUGGAAGGUUAAUCACGAGGCACAACAUCACCAAAGAAUCCAGCCGUGAGCUAUUCGACAAAAUAAAUCUCCUGAAAGCACGGAUACUGAUGAGACGGGAUUGCUUCAGUGAACAGGAACUCGAGGAAUUUCAGAAUGAGCUGUUAAGAACACAUCUUAUGGUGUCUUUCAACGGUUUGACGACUGCUCUUGAAAGUAAAUCAGUCAGCAGUCUCUGUUCUAAUGAUGUCAAAACUGUAGAAUCUAUAAGAAGUGCUUUGGAAUCCGGAGAAGUAGUUGCACGCAACAAAAUGGUAGAGCUCUUGGAUGGUAUCAACAAAAUAGAACAGGGACGUGGGCUCUCAAAGAAAGUGGAGGAAAAGGUUUGGUUUAAAGAGUUAAGGGACAAGAUUGUCAAGUCAAAGCACUUGACACAAGGCCCUUGGUACAAAUGCAAGAAAGGUCAUAUUUACCCUGCUGCAGAAUGCAGUGAAAACGAAUUGUCGAUUAAGUGUCCAGAUUGUCUUGCAACAGUAAGGACUACUGAAUCAAAUUCCAAGGCUGUUCCUACUCCGGUGAAACUCAGCGAGUUAAUGAAUAUGACGUUUAAAAAUGAGUUCGCGUUGAACUCUAAACGGCGGAGGAAGAAACGCCCAGCCAAAACAUCCAAGGCCCACAAAUGAGCUCUUGAAUUUAAAACUGAGAUUUAAAUGACAUUGUAAACAUCAUGUCAAACUGGGGGAUAUUAUUUUUAUCAACUAUUAUCUAUCUCAUCCGGUCCCUCCCUGGUUUUCAAUUGUAUUCUUUUAGCUUUUGGACAAGCAUUCUAAUCAACAGAGGAAAGUCGCAGUGAGAAUGAUUCAUGAUGCACAUAACCUACAUAUUUUGCAAGUUGCACGAAACAAAUCAACUGAAAAACUUAAUGUGAAGUCUCUCCUUAUGCUCCCUACACCACAUCAGGUGCAAGAGCUUGAUUCUGAUUUUUAGGAAAGAUUGCUGGCGAAGGAGCUCUUUCAAAAAUCUUUGAUUGAAAGACUAUUUUCCUUUACUGCAUGUGGAAAAGGGGGUACAAGAGAUAUGAAUGUAAAGUUGCAUUUAUCUUGAAUAUGGCUAUCAUAACUGGAAAUUAAAUCAAGGUGGCUUUUUUUAAUGAA